AAAAAAUUAAACGAAAUGAACAGGACCCACAUAGUGGUGAACGUUUUUGAUCCGGAAGCACACCUACGGGAAGUUCAGUCGACGCGGUUUGUGGAAAGUGGUGGGAUAUUUUAGUUUAUUCGUGUGUAUAUUUUAUUUUCUCAUUGCCGAGAAGAUACUAGGAGACUCGUAGACCGUUAGCACUAUCAUGGGUGCGGUUUAAAACCCUGCUGAAGUGCAAAUAAAAGCAACACGAGUUGGACAUUUUGAGAGCUGGUUUCCUGAGAGUGAGAUGCGACGCUGCUAGGAUGAAGUUUCUGAUCCUUUUGACCCUCACUUUAGCACCUUUCUGGGUGAAGUGUGCCCUAAAUCCCAGGUCUGUGGAGAAUGAGCUGAGAAAACAGGAAGAGGACGAAGAGUUUGAGAGCCUCAGCUCGAUGCUGGCAGACUUCGAAGUGCUUCCUGCUUCCAGUCUCCAGCAGCAUUCCUUAAGGAAGCGAGACGUCGACUCGCCGUCACAUGUCGAACGUCUGGUCAGCUUCACAGCACUGAAGAGGCAUUUCAAGUUGUACCUGACCACCAACACUGAGCUUUUCACGGACAGUUUCAAAGCUGUGUUCAUAGAUGAUAAAGGGAGGGAGGAGAAUUACGACAUCGAAUUGCAAAAUUACUUCAGAGGACAUGUAGUAGGUGAGGAGCAUUCGCGGGUGCAGGCCCACAUGGACAGAGAUGAAUUUUCAGCGCACAUUCUCACUGAUGAAGCAGAGUACAAUGUGGAGCCUUUAUGGAGGUUCACAGAGAAAGCACCAGACAGCCGCCUGCUGGUGUACCGCUCUGAGGACAUCAAGAACAUUAGCCGAUUGGCCUCAUCCAAAGUAUGUGGCUACAUCAGCGCUGAGGCUCCACAGUUGCUUCCUGAGGAGGCCAAAACAGCAACACAGGCACAGAAGGAUGGAGAAGCAAGCCACAGAGUGCGGAGGCAGACACACAACCACAAGAGGAACACCUGCACGCUGCUACUAGUGGCAGACUACCGCUUCUACAAGCACAUGGGCCGUGAAGAAGAGAGCACCACGCUAAAUUAUCUGAUCGAGCUGAUUGACCGAGUGGAUGACAUCUACAGGAACACUUCGUGGGAUGAUGAGUUUAAAGGCUAUGGUGUACAGAUUCAUGAGAUCAUCAUAAACAAGUAUCCAACUAGAGUUUCUCCGGGACAGAUUCACUAUAAUAUGGAAGGCAGUCCACGACCAAAAGACAACCAAGUGUGGGAUGUCAAGAAGCUUCUAGAACAAUUCAGUGUGGACAUAGCAGAUAACGCCUCAGCCGUGUGCCUGGCUCACCUCUUUACCUAUCAGGACUUUGAUGAAGGCACUCUUGGACUUGCGUAUGUAGCCUCCUCCAGAGACCAGGCCUUGGGAGGACUCUGCUCAAAACCUUACUAUCCAUUCCCUUCAGUGAAGAAAGCCAGCUACUUGAACACUGGCUUAACCAGCACUAAGAACUAUGGCAAGACCAUUCUUACUAAGGAAGCGGACCUGGUGACCACUCACGAGCUUGGACACAACUUCGGAGCAGAGCACGACCCAGACAACAUUGCCUACUGUGCCCCAAGUGACGAGCAAGGAGGCAAGUUUGUAAUGUACCCCAUCGCCGUGAGUGGAGACCAUCCGAACAACAAGCGGUUCUCCAACUGCAGUAAAGCCUCAGUGAGCAGGACUCUGAAGGUCAAGGCUCCACAGUGCUUCAAGGUACGCACCAGCAAUUUGUGUGGCAACUCUCGGGUGGAAGAAGGAGAGGAGUGUGACCCUGGACUCCUCCAUCGCAAUGAUGACCCCUGCUGUACAGCCAACUGCAAACUGAAAAGGGGUGUGCAGUGCAGUGACAGGAACAGUCCGUGCUGCUACAAAUGCAUGUUCCAAGAAGCUAACAAGAUCUGUCAGGAGUCCAUCAACGCCACAUGUAAAGCUAGCUCGUCAUGCACAGGCAACAGCAGUGAGUGUCCAACUCCUGGAAAUCUGCCUAAUACCACAGAGUGUGUGGAUAGAGGCCAGUGCCGCGGAGGCGAGUGCAUUCCUUUUUGUGAGGCCACACAGAACCUUCGCUCCUGCGCGUGCAAUGAUACAGACAGCUCAUGUAAAGUGUGCUGUAAGAACCCAAAUGGACUGUGCACCCCUUUUAAAUUUGAAAACGGAGAUUAUUUGUACCUGCGGAAGGGGAAGCCCUGCACCGUGGGGUUCUGCGAUGGCCAUGGUAAAUGCAUGAAGCAGGUACAAGAUGUUGUAGAGAGGUUGUGGGACUUUAUUGACAAGCUGGACAUCAACACAUUUGGGAAGUUCCUGGCUGACAAUAUAGUGGGCUCUGUGGUGGUCUUUUCUCUUCUCUUCUGGAUCCCUCUGAGCAUCCUGGUGCACUGUGUGGACAAGAAGCUGGACAGACAGUAUGAAGAGAACUCCAAGUCUCUAAUAUACCCCAGCAAUGUGGAGAUGCUGGGCGGUAUGGAGGGGGCUCCCAUGCGCAUCAUCAAAGCCCCCAUUCUUCCUCCUCCUCCUCCCUCUUCUUCUGUUUCAGCAGCGCGACCCGUGCAGGGACUCGCCAGCGGCAGCAGCACCUCUCCGCCUACAACCUCCUCUUCCGAGCCCAGAGCGGAUCCUCCGCGUAUGGCCACCAUCGAGGAGGACUCCAGCGGCGACUCUCCACCAGGGACAGCCUUCCCCCCGAGCUCUGCGACAGCCAAGUCGUUCGAGGACCUCACCGAACAUUCACCACUAAACCGUCAGAACAGGCGACUUCAGAGGCAAGGGCGCAUUGAGAGUAAAGAGACGGAGUGCUGAGAGAUGCACGCUCUGUCCAGUUCACACUUCCACACUCUCUCCACCAGAAGUAUGCACUUUGGUACACGACAAACAAAUGAGCCUUUGUAAAGAAUCAGUUUGGAGACAAUCCAACGUCGGUAUACACUACAGGUGUAGUGCAGGUGUAUUGUGCUGAAUGCUAAGUAUUUUUGGUUAGUUGUUUAAAUGUAUGUGUAAAUUAUAAAUGUAUUUUUAAAAGAUAAGAGCAGGAAAGUAAUGUAUAAAUGCCAGAGGCUGCAGUCUAGAAGCCUGGAUAUUAAAAGUGCCCUCUGUUACCUCUAAGGAGAAACACAGUUCACCGAUUCCUUUUUCCUCCAAUUGAUCCCACCCGUGUUAAAACUUCUGGGUUGCCUUUUAGGGAAAAGGAGCUGUGCUGAGCAGCGUUCCUUUGGCUGAGGGCCGGAGCUGAUUUCAGGGCCAGAAAAAUGUAAGCCUGAAACUAACCAGAUCCAUUGCAUAGCCAUUGAAGGAUGUUUAUUAUCUUAAGAUCUAGAAACACUGCACUUUUAAAGAUACGAUAUAAAGAAUAAUAAUAAUAAUAAAGUGCCUUGUAUAACAGCUUCUGCAGAGUCCCACUGGAAUUAAAAAUGCAGAAAAAGCUGUAAUAGUUUUAACAGUGUGUAUGGAUCAGUGGAACCUUUCUUGAUGCACACAUUUACUUGGAAAUGUGACCAAGUAUUCUUCCUUCAUUUUGUAAGUGAUCACACCCUAUAUUUGAAUAAAGGUCAGCUGUACAGACACAUUAAAUUAAUUUCCAUUAAAGAUUCAUCACUGGCAGUACUCUAGACCUAGACUCUGCUCUAUGUCCGUGUUUAGGCUGCUCCUGUCUGAAGUCACGAUAACUCAAAUGCAGGAUUUCUGCAGGAAAGUCACGAGUUUACUGUGGCUGUAUUUGUUCUACUAACUACUGCUCAUGAACAUAUCAAACAGAUGAUUAGACUGGAAUGUGAUUAUGAAUCAAGAAUUAGGUGUUCCUCUUAACACUCUGCCAUUCCUGUCUCUGCUCUGCUGUGCUGUAGCAGUUCGCGUUACUAUGCUUAAGAGUUUCUAUUUUGUAAACUGCCUGGAAGUUUUAACUGGAAGAGUCAAUGAAAUAUAAAUACACUGAAAUCUAAUUUAAAUGCAUAUUUGUGAGCCCAUAUAAACAUAUCAGGAGGAGAAGUGUUAAAACAUGUUUUAUAUUCAGGCACUGUAUUCUUUAGGUGCUGUUUGGGUCUCGGUGUCUGUGGACUCCUGUGUGUGGUCCAUAAUGACCCAAAAGCUGUUUUAGAGAACAGAUAACAUUAUGGCUUUAUGAUUAAGCACUAUGGAUGUGAAUCUAUAUAAAUGUCAUUUUAUUGUUGAAACUGUUGCAUUAAAUUUAGAACAUGAGUGUGCUGUGCUGUGUAUUUUUCAGUUAUAAUAUCUAGAUUGUGCCUUUUUGUUGAUGGUUGAUACUGAAUUUUAUAUUCAUUCUGAUAUGUAUAAAAUGCUAUGCCCCAUUUAUACCAGUCUAAUUGUUACUUAAGUGUUGUACUUUAUGGCUUGGUGAUUCCCAGGUCAUAAAAUUUAAUAUUUUACUGUGCCAUAAACCCAUGGAAUACUGCUUUCUUUGCUUUUUAUGGUGUUUAAAAUGCUACAUAAUACCUAUGCCUUUGGUAGACCAGAAAGUUUAAAUGUCAUAUUUCAUAUUUCACUUGAAAUGUUUCAGGCUGUGUUUAGUGCUAGUAUGAUACAUUUGUCUUCUUGAUGUAUAUAACUUUAUUUGCUUACACUGUAUGAACCCACAAGAAUAAACUCUACCACUAUA